UCUAGUUCCUAGUUUCUUGGGAAGUGUAUCAUAUUAUGGCAUAUGAAUAGCUUACAUCUAAAUUCAAUUUAAAUGCGUGUCUAAUUGAGAUGUGUGGCACUCCAACUCUCACGCUAAUUCACACAUUGUAAAUCGUAUUCGCAACCGUAAGGUAAAUCAUCAGCAUGAAGCCAUAAACUAGACUUCACGUGCGACCUUGGCCGAGCGCGCAUGCGCGGGUCACCUGCCAUAGAGCAUAGACAUCCGAUUUCCACUUUUCUUACAGUCCGCGAGUUCGCGUUGUCUGUGUCACGCGUGCCGGGUUUCGCGCGCAAUUCAGCGGACCAACGAUAGCAUAUUAUAACAAAUUAUUGACAUAAUUCUGCUCCUAUAUUGUGUUGUUUUGCGUUUGUGGACUGCUGUUUUAGUGAUAAUUGUGUUUGCGGUUGUUGGCAUUGUGAUAAGAUAAUGACAGCGUGGUAAAAGCGGUGGUGGGAGCGAGGUGAAGAUCAUCGAGAACCAUGACCAAGCGCUUCGAGUUCAACUGGCAGAUCCCCGUUCCUGAACCGUUAUUACAAGGCGCUGUUUUCGACCGAUGGACGGAAGAGAAAGAUAAUACUGAACUUGAGAAGGACUGCCUGUUCAAGGUCGAUGAAUAUGGCUUCUUUAUAUAUUGGAAGAGUGAGGGGAAGGAUGGUGACGUCAUAGAGCUUUGUCAAGUGAGCGAUGUGAGGUCGGGGGGAGUGCCAAAGGAUACAAAACUAAACGACAAGCUGGUGACGAAACAUGGCGACCAACUGGAAGAGAAGUCACUCACGAUAUGCAGUGGCACAGAUUAUAUAAACAUCAACUAUCAGCACGUUGUCUGUCCUGACGCUAACACUGCUAAGGUUUGGAAGGAGGGCCUCCGCCACAUCACACACAAUAACAAAAUAAACAACUGCUGCCCCAGGACGAAUCUUAUGAAACAUUGGAUGCGCCUCAGCUUCCUCACGGAUCCGAAAGGCAAGGUCCCAGUUAAGGUGGUAGCUAGAACAUUCGCGUCAGGCAAAACAGAGAAACUUGUGUAUCAAUGUCUGUCCGAACUCGGUCUCCCCUCGGGGAAGAAUGAGUCUAUGGAAAAAGAAGCGUUUACCUUUGAUAAGUUCUACGCUUUGUACCACAAGAUCUGCCCCAGGAAUGAUAUUGAGGAACUGUUUAGGACUGUCACGCAAGGCAAAUCAGACCGCAUCAACUUGGAACAAUUUGUGAACUUCCUGAACGAGAAGCAGCGCGACCCCCGCCUUAAUGAAAUCCUUUACCCACUGUACGAUGACAAGCGAGCCGUGGAAAUUAUUGAUACAUAUGAACAGAAUGAAGAAGCGAAAACGGCUAAAUGCCUCACAAAGGACGGUUUAAUCCGCUACCUGAUGUCAGACGAGAACGCGCCAGUGUUUCUCGACAGACUCGACUUCUAUAUGGAAAUGGACCAGCCACUAUCUCACUAUUACAUAAACUCAUCCCAUAAUACGUAUUUGUCUGGAAGACAGUUUGGUGGAAAGAGCUCUGUGGAAAUGUAUAGGCAGGUGCUUUUGGCUGGAUGUCGGUGUGUAGAACUCGACUGCUGGGACGGUAAAGGCGAAGACGAAGAGCCAAUAAUCACCCACGGCAUGGCGAUGUGCACAGACAUUCUAUUCAAAGACGUCAUAUAUGCCCUUAGAGAUACAGCCUUUGUCACUUCAGACUAUCCCGUCAUAUUGUCCUUUGAAAACCACUGCUGUAAAGCCCAGCAGUACAAACUGGCCAAGUAUUGCGAUGAAAUCCUGGGAGAUCUGCUGCUGAAGGAACCUUUGGCAGAUUAUCCGUUGGAACCAGGCCAACCCCUCCCCCCACCAUCAGCUCUAAAACGCAAGAUAAUGAUCAAGAACAAGAGAUUAAAGCCAGAAGUAGAGAAACAAGAGUUGGAGCUAUUCAGACAGGGACAGUUCGUUAUUGAAGAUGAGGUUAAAGAAGAUGCGUCAGCUGUUGCUCUGCCUGCUGAUAAGAAGCCCGAAGAGAUAGUAGCAGAAGCGGCCACGGCGGGCGAAGAUGCCCCGCCCCCCGUGCAGUACACGGGCUCCACCACCAACGUGCACCCCUGGCUCUCCUCCAUGGUCAACUACGCGCAGCCCAUCAAGUUCAUCAGCUUCGAGGAGGCCGAGAAACGCAAUAUCCACCACAACAUGUCUUCCUUCGCUGAAACCACCGGUAUGAAUUACUUGAAGAGUCAAGCCAUAGACUUCGUCAAUUAUAACAAGAGGCAGAUGUCGAGAAUUUACCCCAAGGGCACUAGAGCUGAUUCUUCUAAUUAUAUGCCCCAGGUGUUCUGGAACGCGGGUUGCCAGAUGGUGUCCCUGAACUUCCAGACCUCAGACCUCCCAAUGCAGCUGAACCAGGGAAAGUUCGAAUACAACGGGAAUUGCGGGUACUUGCUGAAGCCGGACUUCAUGCGGCGAGCUGAUAGGAGCUUCGACCCGUUCGCUGAUGCGCCCGUCGAUGGAGUCAUUGCGGCACAGUGUGCUGUGCAGGUCAUAGCCGGGCAGUUUCUGUCAGACAAGAAAGUGGGCACAUACGUAGAAGUGGACAUGUACGGUCUACCUUCAGACACCAUUCGUAAGGAGUUCAGAACUCGCAUGGUACCGGCCAAUGGACUGAACCCGGUGUAUAACGAAGAGCCGUUCUUGUUUAGGAAGGUGGUACUGCCAGACCUAGCAGUCCUCCGUUUCGGCGUGUACGACGAGAACGGCAAGCUGCUGGGCCAGCGCAUCCUCCCGCUGGACGGGCUGCAAGCGGGCUACAGGCACAUCUCACUGCGCACUGAGGCCAACUUCCCCAUGUCCCUGCCUAUGCUCUUCUGUAAUAUUGAGCUGAAGAUCUACGUGCCGGAUGGCUUUGAAGAUUUCAUGGCUGCCCUAUCCGAUCCCCGAGCGUUCAUGGGAGCGGCUAAAGAACGGACAGAUAACAUGAAAGCCAUGGGAAUAGAAGAGAGUGGGCCGGAGAAGAAACCGGAGGAGGUGAAGAAGGAAGAGCCCCUAGUCUUCGAGCCCAUAACGGUGGAGUCCCUCCGCCAGGACAAGGGCUUCCUGAAGACCGGGAAGAAACAGCAGAAGGAUCUGGAAGCGAUGCGCAAACGUCACGCCAAGGAGAAGAUGCUGUUGCAGAAGCAGCAGUGUUCUGCGUUGGAGAAAAUGAUUAAGGGGAAGAAUAAGGAACAGUUAAGCAACGACGCCACAUUCCGUACACUAGUAACGGAGCAGUCGUCCGCCUGGGCAGAGCUAGCGGCUCGGCACAGACGGGAGGAAUGUGCUGCAGCUCGGACACGGCUCAACGACCAGAGGGAACUGCUCAAGAAGAUGAUGGAGCAGACCCAGCUGGCGCAGAUGAAGCAGUUGGAGGCUAAGCAUGAGAGAGAACUAAAAGAAAUGAACACCCGUCAAGCGAAAAUAAGCGUAGAGACAAGCAAGGAAGUGGCCAAUGACAAAACAUUGAAGACCAAACAGGAAAAAGACCGUCGCUUGCGAGAGAAGAAACAGAACAAUACUAAGAAGUUCAUGGAUGAGAGAAAGACACAAACAAUCAAGCAAAACCGCGAAAAGGAGAAGCUGAAAGCGACCCAUGACAAGCAAGUGGAAGAACUCUCUAAGGACAUUGAUAACCUGAUCGAGAUGUACAAGAUGGAGGAAUCCGAGUUCGACAUGGCGAGCAAAGCGGAGUUCUUCGCAUGAAAGUAUCCCGACAUUGCUCCACUGAUCGAGCAAAUGACUUGACAAGUGACUAGUGCUUGAAUCUGUGUUAUCUGUGACAGUGACAAUUUGAAUUGGGAAUUCGAAAUUCGUAAUCCGAAAACCGCUCUAAUGUUUUUUGAAUUUGGAAUUCGAAAAUCUUGUAAACCACCCUAAUGUAUUUUUAAAAGGCGUUUGAAUUUGGAAUGCUAAAAGUUUAUAAACCGCUGUUAUGUAUAUUUAAAUUUGGAAUACGAUAGUCAUGAUCUCUAUGAUUUAGUAAUAUACGAUAUAUAUUUUGCUACACUAUAAACAACUCUAAAUUUUUUGAAAUAAGGUUGACAUUUGAACUCAUUAGUUUAUUUAUACAUUUUCAUACUAUAAAAUGCUCGAAUUUUACAUGUAGGUAGUUAUGCCAUUAUCCGUUUUAUGCUGUUUGUAAUAGGGUCUAAUUUCAAUAUUUACUUCGUUAUUUCAUGUCUUAUAGCCUAUAAAAAUCUUAAUUAUUGUGGUGAAUUGUUCAUUUACAAACAAAGUCACCUUUAAAAUGAAUAUAGUAUAAAGAAGUAUACCUUGUGUAUAAUACUUUAUUUCUAAAUAUUUCUCUAUCAUUAAAAAAAUAUUAUUAUAACCUGUUUCAAUAAAAUAUAACAUAUUAUUAAGGAUAAUGUUGUCUCUCAAAUUCUAUACAUUUAUAUGUGUCAAUAUCUUUCUAAAAAUAUCUUGUUUUGAUGCGAUUUCUGGGUUUUUAUUUCAAAAAAGUGUGUAGUUAUUAGGCGCUAGUUAUUUUUUAUCUUUGCUAGCUUAGAACUUGUUAAACAACUUACAUGCUAAGUGAAAGUUUUGAA